AUGGAGGUCGGAAACGCUACCUCUGAGAAGGCAGAGGUUGAGAAGAUUCAAGAUGUAGCAGCAGGCAACCUCGGCACGGGCUCUGAUGCUGCGAUCGGAUCCUUUGUCGAUCUUGAUGAAAAGAAGAUUCUGCGCAAGAUGGAUAUCCGACUACUCCCAAUGCUUUCGGCCCUAUAUCUCCUUUCGUUUCUCGACCGCGGGAAUAUUGGCAAUGCCAAAAUCGAGGGUCUUCAGGAAGACCUCAACAUGUCGCCGGGCCAAUACAACUGGUGUCUCACCGUCUUCUUCUUUACUUAUGCAGCAUUCGAGGUUCCUAGCAACCUACUGUUGAAAAAGCUGCGUCCUAGCCGCUGGUUGCCAUUGAUCAUGGUCUGCUGGGGUGUUGUGAUGACACUCAUGGGUAUUGUCCAGAGCUUCCGCGGUCUACUUGUGGCUCGUUUGUUCCUAGGAGUGACAGAAGCUGGCCUAUUUCCUGGUGUAGCGUACUAUCUGACAAUGUGGUACUGUCGUGAGGAAAUCCAGCUUCGCCAAGCACUCUUUUUCUCCGCCGCCUCCGUCGCCGGAGCAUUUAGUGGCAUCUUGGCCUUUGGCAUUGGCAAAAUGGACGGCGUUGGUGGUCUUGCGGGAUGGCGCUGGAUCUUCAUCCUCGAAGGAAUCGCAACUGUGCUUGUCGCAGUCCUGGCCUUCUUUUUCCUUCACGACUUCCCGGAAACUGCCAAGUUCCUUACAGAGGAAGAGCGCGCAUUUGUUGUCCAUCGUCUGAAAUACCAAGGCCAAGUUGAACAAGCUGAAGUGGCACAAGCUGAGGAAUUCGAAUGGAAGUAUGUUCGCGAGGCGUUUACCGACUGGCAAGUCUGGGUCAACAUUCUCGUCUACUGGAGUAUUGUUUGUCCCCUAUACGGCAUCUCCCUCUUUCUUCCCACCAUCAUCAAGUCUCUCAAGUACACAUCGAGUACCGCGCAAUUAAUGACAGUGCCCAUCUACGUUACCGCUGCCGUCCUAGCUGUCGUUAGCGCCUAUUUCUCUGACAGAGUUGGGAGGCGCAGUCCCUUUAUCAUUGGCUUCUUGUUGAUGAUGAUAGUGGGCUUCUCCAUUUGUAUCGCUUCAACUAACCCGCACGCGGUUUAUGGCGGCAUAUUCAUUGCAGCGUGUGCCAUUUAUCCUGCGUUCCCUGGUGUCAUCACAUGGUUGUGUAAUAACUUGUCUGGGAGUUACAAGCGCAGCGCUGGAAUGGCCAUUCAAAUUGGAGUUGGAAAUCUUGGAGGCGCUAUGGCAUCCAACUUUUACCGUCAGGCUGAUAGCCCUCGAUUUAUCCUGGGACAUGGCUUGGAACUGGGCUUUAUCUGCCUGGGAAUCAUCGCCAGCUGUGUCUUGAUCUUCACCUACAACACCAUCAACAAGAAGCGUGCCCAAAAGCUGGCUGAUGGAGAGGCAGCGAACUUUACGCCAGAGGAGUUGUCAGCUUUGGGAGAUAGGGCCAUCACGUUCCGUUACAUGUUUUGA